CCUGUUCUCCAGAAGGUAUAUAAAGGCUGGGCCACAGCGGAGGCUUCACACUCCUAAGAAGCCGGCCAAGGGAUUUGCUCCUCCUCGCUCCUCGCCAUGAUCAUCUCCAGGCUCCAGUGCUGCCUCCUCUACUUCUUGUGCGUUGUCUUCAAGAGCUGCCAGGGCUUCAAGAACGAUGCCACUGAGAUCCUCUACUCCCAUGUGGAUAAACAUAUAGGGGACGGCGCCAACAGCAGCGCCAUCAACCAAGCCAGGAACGGGGGGCGGCACGCCUCUGCUCCGGACCGCACAGGUCACCAUCAAGUUGGGUGUCGAGAACUCAGGUCCACCAAGUACAUUUCCGAUGGCCAGUGUACCAGCCUAAGACCCUUAAAAGAACUAGUCUGUGCCGGAGAAUGUCUUCCUCUUCCCAUACUUCCGAAUUGGAUCGGAGGAGGUUACGGCCUCAAGUACUGGAGUCGUCGGAGCACUCAGGAAUGGCGAUGCGUCAACGACAAGACGCGCACUCAACGGAUUCAGCUCCAGUGUACAGAUGGCACCACCAGAACCUACAAGGUCACCGUGGUCACUUCCUGUAAGUGCAAGCGAUACACAAGGCAGCACAAUGAGUCGAGCCACAACUACGAAGGGGUGUCCUCAGUAAAACCCACCCAUGCCCACCAGCAUCAUCACUCCCACAGCAACAGAGAUAAGAAAAGACUAAGUAAGAUCAGCAAAUUCAUCUCCAGCUAAAGCCGGGGCUCCAGGAACAGGACCCCAAGACUUUGUUCCUUAAGACUUAUAAAGACAUUUUCAUUCUGUGAACUCCAAGUCCAAGAGGUCAUUGGACGAAAAGCUACAAAGAUCGUCAACGCACCAAGAUUUUUUUUUUUUUUAAUAUCCUAAUUUUUUUGAAGGACUAAACAUUUUUUUUUUAAAGAUGAAAUUCUAAAUAUUUGGGAAAAAUUUGCAGAAUUUGUAUGUGUAAUGGUAUUGUGGACAAGGUCAAAGGUGCUUCGGAUAAAAGAUAAAAGACAACAUAUGUACAAAAAAAGAAAUAAUUUAUAAAUCCCUUAUUUUUUAUCCUUAGGAAUAGCCAAAGCUUAAAGUUUUUCUCAUUAAUAUAACCCUAUUUUAAAAACUGAAAAAAUAUA